AUGAGUCAAGCCCAACUCCACAAUUUAUUUGCGACUGAUCCUUUAUUAUUUGAAAAGAUAUGUGAAAUAUUGAAAGAAAAAGAAAAAGAGUUAAUUCAUGGAGUCACCACUGUUAUGGGAGGAGAUUUUGCAAUAAACUUAUUAGAAGAGACCUUUAAUGUAAAAGAUAAUAGCAUAUUAUUAAAAAAGGAUGGAGAAAAACGGACUUUGGGAGGUGUUUUUCUGCUUUUAUUAAGGCGAAAUAUUACACCUGAGCAGAAAAAACAGAUUUUUAAUCCUCAUGCACAAGAAAAGAAGAAAAGACAUAGAGAAAGGAGAAGACUAGAAAAGCAAUUAAAAAGAUUAUCCACAAAAGAUGAGGAGGAUGAGGAUAAAAGUAAAAAUGUUCAUUCAUUGGAAAAUAGAUUACUUACAGCUUCUAAUGAAACUCCUGUUUUUAAAUUGGCAGCAGGAGUUUUGGUAGUGAAAGAGCCAAUAAAUAAGCAAAUUCAAUGCGCCAAUACUAAUAAUUUGAAUUAA